GGUUUGAACUGGCCAAUGGGCGAGCUGCCGACCGGGUGUCGGAAAAGGAGGCGGAAGAAGGGAGGAGUCGCUGGGGGAGGUGCACUGCAUCCUCCCCGGCGUCUCCAUGGCACUACCCUGGCCUCCGAUUUCAACGACUUCAUAAGAAGGCGUUUCUGGGCACAGCCGUGCCGUUCCUGGUUUCCACCUUGCGGGAAAAGCGGCAUAACGACUGUCACACAGAAAAAGGUCUUACGAACACCUUGUGGAGCUCCCAGCGUAACAGUUACGAAGAGAAUGAUGAAGAACCGCUCUUCAACUCCCCCCUUACAUGUUCACGUGGAUGAGAACACUCCUGUCCACGUCCACAUAAAAAAGAUCCCGAAACCAACACCUGCCAAGAGCCAGAAGUCGCACAAACGUGGCAUGAGAGGGGACACGGUGAAUGUCCGGAGGAGUGUUCGAGUGAAAACUAAAGUCCCUUGGAUGCCCCCUGGCAAAGCAUCUGUCCGGCACUUAGGCUGCAAAUGGGAGAAUCCACCUCAUUGUCUAGAUAUAACUCCACCAUCUUCAGAAAAACUAGUUUCAGUGAUGCGAUUAAGUGACCUUUCCACAGAGGAUGAAGACUCUGGUCACUGCAAGACGAAUCAUUAUGACAAGAAGAUGGACAGUUUAUUAAAUUCAGUUGGAUGUCUUAAAUCGGAGGUAAAGAUGCAGAAAGGGGAGCGCCAGAUGGCGAAACGGUUCCUAGAGGAGCGGAAGGAAGAACUGGAGGAGGUGGCCCACGAGCUGGCAGAGACUGAGCAUGAGAACACCAUGCUUCGACAAAAUAUUGAGCGUAUCAAGGAGGAAAAGGAUUUUACAGUGCUACAAAAAAGGCAUUUGCAACAGGAAAAAGAAUGUCUCAUGUCUAAGCUCGUGGAAGCAGAAAUGGAUGGAGCAGCCGCUGCCAAGCAAGUAAUGGCAUUGAAGGACACAAUCGGGAAACUGAAAUCGGAGAAGCACAUGACUUGCACUGACAUCAAUACACUGACCCGGCAAAAGGAACUUCUCCUCCAGAAGUUGAGUACUUUUGAAGAGACCAAUCGUACUCUGAGAGAUUUGCUGAAGGAACAACAUUCUAAAGAGGAUUCAGAAAAGCUGAUGGAGCAACAAGGAAACCUAUUAAAACGACUAGCCGAAGCCGACUCAGAAAAAGCGCGCCUGCUGCUAUUGCUACAAGAUAAAGACAAGGAAGUAGAAGAGCUGCUACAAGAAAUUCAGUGUGAGAAGGCUCAAGCUAAGACAGCAUCUGAACUCUCCAAGACUAUGGAAUCCAUGCGGGGACAUUUGCAGACACAGCUGCGGUCCAAAGAAGCAGAAAAUAGUCGUCUUGUUAUCCAGAUCAAGAAUUUGGAGCGCAGUGGUUCUCAGCAUAAGGCUGAAAUGGAGGCCAUCAUGGAGCAGCUGAAGGACCUCAAGCAGAAAGGAGACCGGGACAAAGAAGCCUUGAAGAAAGCCAUUCGAGCACAACAAGAGAGGGCAGAGCGGAGUGAAGAGUAUGCUGAACAACUGCAUGUCCAGCUUGCGGACAAGGAUCUGUAUGUUGCUGAAGCCCUCUCCACCCUGGAAUCCUGGAGGAGCCGCUACAACCAGGUGGUGAAAGACAAGGGAGAUCUAGAGCUGGAGAUCAUUGUGUUAAAUGACCGAGUGACGGAUCUGGUAUCACAGCAGCAUGCCUUGGAGGAGAAGAUGCGAGAAGACCGGGAUAAUCUGGUGGAAAGAUUACACCGACAGACAGCAGAAUAUUCUGCAUUCAAACUUGAGAAUGAGAGGCUAAAGGCUAGUAUCACCCCUGUGGAAGACAGGCUAAGUCAAGCCCAAAUUGAGGUCCAACAGCUGAAGGUGUCAGUCAAGAACUAUGAAGGGAUGAUCGACAACUACAAGAGUCAGGUGAUGAAGACCCGGAUGGAAGCUGAUGAGGUAGCCACUCAACUGGAACGCUGCGACAAAGAAAACAAGAUCCUCAAAGAUGAAAUGAACAAAGAAAUUGAAUCGGCUCGUAAGCAGUUCCAGGCACAGCUGACUGACCUUCAACAACUGCCUGAGAUCCUCAAAAUUACUGAGGCUAAGCUGGCUGAAUGUCAGGAUCAGCUACAAGGCUAUGAGAGGAAAAAUGUGGACCUCACAGCUAUCAUAGCAGAUCUGCGCACCCGGAUUGAACACCAGGGGGAGAAGCUGGAGGUGGUGAGAGAGAGACAUCAAUAUUCUCAGGAGGAAAACAAACAGCUAAGCCUGAAAGUGGAAGAACUAGAGAGGAAACUUGAGUGCACUAGUGCCCAGAACAUUGAGUUCCUCCAGGUGAUUGCAAAGAGAGAGGAGGCAAUCCAUCAAUCCCAGCUUCGGUUGGAAGAGAAAACCCGGGAAUGUGGUUCUCUAGCACGACAGCUGGAAAAUGCCAUUGAAGAUGCCAAAAGACAGGUGGAACAAACAAAGGAGCGUGCAGUCUCCAAGGAACGAACAGCUCAGAACAAAAUCUUGGAUCUGGAAACACAGCUGAGUCGGACCAAAACAGAGCUAAACCAGCUAAGACGGAGCCGAGAUGAUGCUGAUCGCAGAUACCAAAGCCGCCUUCAGGACCUAAAAGAUCGUCUUGAGCAAUCAGAGAGUACCAACCGCAGCAUGCAGAAUUAUGUCCAGUUCCUCAAAUCAUCCUAUGCCAAUGUGUUUGGGGACAAUGCCUUAACUACGUAUUUAACAAGCUCUCCCAUACGUUCUCGAUCACCUCCCAUAUGAAGUUAUAUUGACCCUUCCAAGGAGCCUGACUGUAGGGAAGAGGUGUAUCUGGAGGUCCUUUGGACUAUGUGUCUUUAGGUGAGACAGGUGUAGCUAUCUUGUCCAGGCCUCUUGAUCUGGGGAAAGUCCAUGCCAAAUCAUCUUUAAGACAGAGUUGGAUAAUGGAUAUUUUUAUAGCUUCCCUUUUUUCCCCCUUAUCUUAACUAGGGUAACAAUGUAGAUGUUUUUAUAAUAUAUCUCUUUGAUAUACAUCUUUCUUUCAGAUUCAAGCCCAUUGUUUGGUCUCCCACUUCCUUCUUAACAGAUAUAUUUAUUCUUUUGAGGCACCUCAUCUCCAACUCCUCCUAAUCUUUAUAAGAAACUAUUUGAUGUGGUUUUCUCUUUUUUCUCUCUUAGGGAAAAAAGAAGCUCUUAAUUUAGGCUGAUCCCUCUUCCCAAAGUGUGAGCAUUUCUCACUUUUAAAAAAUAACUUCUAACCUAACUGCAAUGCCUGUUGACAAACUUUCCUUCAAAGCUUCAAAAAUUCCUCUGAAUAGUUCAGAGAAAAUCUAAAGCCUCACUUCUUUGCCUCCCCCCCCUCACUCUCACCCCAAAUGCACUUCAGGAUAAGAUGAUGUAAGAAUUUUGUUUUGAUGUUUCUUAACUGCUUGGCUUGUAAAGCAUUGUUUUUGUAUUUGUGUUUUUCAAGAUUCUUUUAUAAUUUUUAUCAGGCUCUAUUGGAUGAUCCCGUCCCUCUACCCCUUCCCCAAACAAAACAUUAUUUUAUGGUGCUCUGGGCAGCAAAUUAUUAUUAAAAGAUUUUCAAAUAA